UUUCGAACUUCAUUCCCAUAACGAUCAUAUUCAUGGCUCUAUCAAAAAUAACUCCCUGUCUCUGGUUCGAUGGCAAUGCUGAAGAAGCGGCCCAAUUCUACGUCUCUAUAUUCCCAAGCUCCAAAAUCAUAACCACCCAGCGAUACACCGAAGCCGGCAGAGAAUACCACGGUCGGGAACCCGGGAGCGUCAUGAUCGUUGAAUUUGAAUUGAACGGACUUCCGUUCACUGGACUGAACGGCGGGCCAUACUUCAAAUUCUCCGAAGCAAUCUCCUUCCAGGUUGACUGCAAGGAUCAGGCAGAGGUUGACUACUAUUGGAACAAGUUGGGGGAGGGAGGCAAUGAGGAGAAGCAGCAGUGCGGAUGGGUCGCUGAUAGGUUCGGGCUCUCGUGGCAGAUCAUCCCAAAGCAGCUCAAGGAGAUGUUGAGUGAUGAGGACGCGGAAAGGAAAGACCGUGUCACUAAUGAGAUGAUGAAGAUGAGAAAGCUGGAUGUUACACUCUUGGAGAAGGCUUAUGAGGGGGCUUAGUGACAUCCUUCUAUUCUUUCUUGCCAGUUCUCGCGUACCUCGUUAUGUGGGUGCAACGUUGAACUGAGGAAGCACAAGGGGUUACCAACAGGUGCGGGAAAUAUUGAUGGUGGAGGUGAUUAUGGUCGCAGCAGAACUGAUGCGGGUGUGGGGGGCUUGAUUCAUUGCAACAGCCUCGCCAACAAUAUUUGUGACAGGAAUGGACGGACCCUAGGUGACCUGCUUGGUUGCCACUGGCUCCGUAUUCGAUUCUAUAACGCUUAUGAGAACUGUAUGCAUUGUCUGCUUGAGGGUUGCUUGGCGCUUCAACAUUGAAUUGGGGAAUUACUUCCGCUCUCAAGGCCUCGUUGCCCUCAUUCUCCAGGAAAAACUUACCCAUGACGAGCGAAUUGCCACGUUGCUCAAUCAAUCCGA